GCCGUGCGUCCGCCAGCGCGCGUCAGUCAGUCGGGGCCGUGGGCUGACGUUGCCGGACUCGCUCGGCCCCGCGCUUGUGCCUCUGCUCCCGUCCGUCCUCUUCCAAGCGCCCGACACUUAGGCAGCCCCGGCCCGGACGCCGGCUCCGAGCCCGGCCCGCCGGCCCGCCACCGCGCCCUCCCUCGGCGCCAUGUCGCAGAGCGGGACCCCCGCACUGCAGGACGAGAGCCUGCACGGCUCCUGGGUAGAGCUGCACUUCAGCAGCAACGGGAAUGGCAGCACCGUGCCCGCCUCGGUCUCCCUCUGUAAUGGAGACAUGGAGAAGAUCCUGCUGGAUGCUCAGCAUGAGUCCGGACGGAGCAGCUCCAAGAGCUCUCACUGCGACAGCCCGCCUCGCUCUCAGACCCCUCAAGACACGAACCGAGCGUUUGAGACGGACAGCCACAGCACCGGCGAGAAGAACAGCUCUCAGUCUGAGGAAGACGACAUCGAGAGAAGGCGCGAAGUCGAGAGCAUCCUGAAGAAAAACUCAGACUGGAUAUGGGACUGGUCGAGUCGGCCGGAAAACAUCCCCCCCAAGGAGUUCCUGUUCCGACACCCGAAGCGCACGGCCACGCUCAGCAUGAGGAACACGAGCGUCAUGAAGAAGGGGGGCGUCUUCUCGGCCGAGUUCCUCAAAGUCUUCCUGCCAUCUCUGCUGCUGUCGCACCUGCUGGCCAUCGGGCUGGGGAUCUACAUCGGGCGGCGUCUGACCACCUCCACCAGCACCUUCUGACGAGGCCUGGAGCCGGCGGCUCUUCGCAGGGGAGCGGGGUUCACACAGGAGCUUGCGGCCUGGCCCUUGGCGGCCAGCCGCUCUGUCGAGUUGCUCUGUAAAUGCUACGCUCCUGACUUAGUGAGAUGAGCGAUAGCCACUACGGCCGCGCGAACCUGGACCCAGCCGUGCCCGCGGGGUCUGCCAGCGAGCAUGUCACGCUAACCCUACUGGAAUAACGUGGUGGCAGGUUUUCUUUGAUGUUAUAAAUACCUGAGCAUAAAUAAUUUUACCAUGCUAGUCAGGACGUAUGUAGUGUUUUAAGAAAAAUGAUCUGUAACCUUAAUUCAGUUAAAAUUCUCCCUAUUUUGAAAGAGUGAAUACUGUUGCUAGAAUGACUCCAUAAAGGACUUACACCAAGUGAACAGGUGGCCUCACGCCCACACCGCGGCGGGAGGCCUGGACGCGGCUGGGCGGCGGCUGUUGGUGGCCACACCCUUCCCUGGCUCCGUGCCGGGUGCCUGGGCUGAGGCUGGCCUUCUGUGUGUGUUGCGUGCUCUGAGAGUUGGCUUCCUCCUAAGCACACGUGUCUACAAGACUGGAAAUAGGAAGACAUAAAUCUUCGCCAAAUCCUUCAGAUGACUGUAUUUCCAUGUGAUUCUAUGGUUGAAACAGCAUAAAAGCUUUUUGAUUUAAGCUGGGCCUAUUCUCCGUGACCCGAGUUCUUCCUUCUCCCCACAGUGUGGCUCUUCAGAAGCUGCCCUUCUGGCGGGCUGUUUACAUGCUGUUGUGUAUUUGUUCCACUUUUCCACACUAAAUGCAGUCGUGUUAAAAUAAACGUUUCCGUUUUUAAAAAUGAAAAA